AUGGCAUCUCAGCACCGCGGCAUUUUCAGCAGCGGAAGACAGCCACAGCAAACUAGGCCGCAAACAAGCGAAGAUACCAAAAGCGAACCGAAAAAUUUCAAAGAAUGUAUGCCUAUAUACGACAACUAUGGGAAUCUUCUGCAUGUGCUGAAUACAAAAACGGGUAAAUUGGAAGAACCCGCACAAAGAGAGAAACUCGCGUUCGAUCCUGCAACAGGAAAGCUGGGAUUGGUAAAAGUACAAGCUGGAAUCGAUCCUGAUUAUCAGAUACAACUGGGUAUGGCUGAGGAUGGAUUUUUUAUGUUCGAAGUUCAAGUAUUGCCAUCGUUUUCAGCACCAGUGUUCUACAUAACAGAAAGUAAAGAAUGGGAAUAAAAGAUAUACAACCGAUAACUCUUCCAAGAUAUCAUGACCAUUAAUGAUGGUCAUGGACUUUACAUGUAAUCACCAAUGCACGCAACUAUACUUAAGCCGCACAUGUAGGCUGCAACGCGUUUUAAAGAAUUAAACUAUCUAUCUCCAUUUAUAUCCAGUAUCUAACACUAUAGAUACGGCAAGGUAAUCGAACGGUAAUAGUCCACGUAGUGGCCUAUGUUUAUUUAAAUAUAUUAGUAGUAUAGCUAUAUGCAUGAUAAAUAUAUUAGUAGUAUAGCUAUAUGCAUGAUAAGAUAAAAGGGUUGGUUAUUUCAUAUAACCAAAAUAAACCAUGGUGUCAAAAGUGGUAAUUUGAUAUAACCAAAAUAAAUCAUUUCGGCAAAAAUUGGUUAUUUGAUAUAACCAGAUUGAAUCAUCCUUAGAAAAAGUGAUUAUUUUAAUUAACAAAAUCAUCUAAAAAUGCGACAUAUAAAACGUUUAAAUAAUAAAAACAAAUAUUUGGCGCCCCAUUGUACUAGUCUUGGAGUCGAGGCCGAGUUCAAAAGUCGAAACAGGUGAAAGGUAUAGAAAUCAACUUCUAAAAAGAGAAUCAUAACAGACCUUGGUCGGUAAGUACCAAGCUAUAUGUAUGAACACGUUUUGUGAUUGUUUCUGAAACAAUAAUAAUCGGAGGGUACAUUGGUAUCGAAGGAACUAGAUUCUGUUCCGAAAUAUCACAUACUCGUACCGAUCUGACCGCGUAGCUCAGUUGGCAGAGCAUUGGAUUUGGGCUAGUAUUCCAAAGGUCGUAGGUUCGUUUCCCACCGUGGCCGGGCAUAUUUUUCAAGCUCGCUCGGUGUGGAUAUACUGACUCAGAGUAACAUCACAAACAUCAUAUUCACCUGAGUACACAACACCAACACAGAAAAAAUGAUGUAAUUUGAAAAAAUAAUGAUGAAAAAAUAAUGAAGAUUUUACAUUUUUUCAGUGUCCGACACUGGUAGUUUUCGAUGCAAAGACUUUCGUGAUAUCAUGCGGGUAACUGAGAUCUCCAAUUAAAGAUUUGAAAUAUGAGCGUAUCCAGGGACGCCGGAACGAUGUGAAGGCAAGGGGGGGCAGAUUUUCGUGAAAGGGUACUUUUGAAUUGAUAUAUACUAAGAGAUGUUUGCAAAACAUCGGGAGUUGAACUUCGCCUAUAAUCAUGUUUUCUAUUUAUUGGAUGAUAGGGGUGUGAGGGGGUCCUCCGCUAGGCGAUUGUGCUAUUCUUGAAGCUCGAUGACUGCAUUUCUUGCGUUUUCUGAAGCAAAUUCGUAAAAGAAUUGCACUAACAUUUCUGACAAUUCGCUAUUUCGCCAAGGCAAUCCUUUAAAUUGAAAGGGCACCUUUGCCCCCCUUGCCCCUCCUGGUAAAGGGCAACAGGGGCGGCUGCCCCUCCUACCCCCCAGUUCCGGCGUCCCUGAGCGUAUCGGCUGAUUUUGAUAUGGUUUAACAGUUCAAGUGUUAUUGUUUAUCAUGUAACAAUUGUCAUAAUCAUCCAAUCACAAAGCCUGUUCAUGUGAUGUAGCAACCGGCCCCACACUGGUUUGUUCAGCGUCGCACUGGAGUGGAAACAGAAACUAAAGUUGGACAAAGCAGUGCGUUGACUCGUUAUAUAUAUUCUUCGCUCUUGUAUAUUACAAGUUCAACUAAACUAAACAUGAGCCGACGAAAUACUACUACAUCUACAUCUGACGCCAACGUUGUCCAAGAAGGGCUACAUUUAACUGGAAAGGAUGGAACCCUGGUUAAAGGAUUCAAUCCUCGAAAUGGAAAAUGGGGAGAACCAGCUAGACAAGGGAUGGCGUUCGAUCCAAAUACUGGGAAACUGGUGGUGACGACAGAGAAUCCUGAUAAUUUCAUUGCAAUACCUAUGGCUGCUGAAGGCUUUUUCAUGGAAUUAACAAUGUCAAUAUGA